AUGAAGGUCCUAUCACCCUUAGCUUCGAUAGCGCUCGCGCAGGGCACGCUCUGUGCAGCCCAAGGCUAUACCAAUGAAUCAGAGGUUCCUUACUAUGGCCUAAGUCCUGCCGUAUACCCCUCUCCGGUCGGAGAUGGGGCGACAAGCUCGGUCUGGGAGAGCGCCUAUCAGCGCGCGAAAGCCCUUGUCUCGCAACUAACCGUUGAGGAGAAAUCGAACCUCACCCGUGGGUUUGACGGUCAGUGUGUUGGAAAUACUGGUGCGAUCCCUCGGCUUUCCAUUCCUUCGCUUUGCUUCUCCGACGCACCGGACGGCAUUCGAGGGCAGGAAUUUGUCUCUGCCUUUCCGGCAGGCAUUCACGUGGCGGCAACAUGGGAUCGCUCUCUCAUGUACCGCUAUGGCCAUGCACUGGGCCAGGAGUAUCAGGGGAAGGGCAUCAAUGUCGCCUUAGGUCCCGUCGCGGGACCGCUGGGAAGACUAGCCAGAGGUGGACGCAAUUGGGAGGGACUCGGGGCGGAUCCUUAUCUUGCAGGCGGCGGGAUGGGACAUAUCACUAAAGGUAUCCAGGACGCUGGAGUGAUUGCCUCGGCGAAGCAUUGGCUGUUGAACGAAGAGGAAUGGAGAAGAAACCCGGGGGACAUGGGCGAAUCACUGAGCUCAAAUGCCGAUGACCGCACUAUUCACGAGUUAUAUGUUUUCCCUUUCAUGGAUUCUUUGAGGGAAGGUGUCGGAAGUGUUAUGUGUUCUUAUCAGCGUUUAAACCACAGCUACGGGUGUCAGAACUCGAAGCUGCUCAACGGUAUCCUGAAAACCGAACUUGGAUUUGAAGGAUUCGUGGUGAGCGACUGGGCAGCGCAGCAUUCUGGCGUUGCUUCGGCCAAUGCUGGCCUGGAUGUUGUUAUGCCAAACGGUGGCUUCUGGGGCCGCAAUCUGACUGAUGCUGUUGCAAAUGGCAGUAUCAGUAGCGAGAGGUUGGACGACAUGGCGACGCGAGUCCUGGCAACCUGGUUUUUCACUGGCCAGGACGAGGGCUUUCCUUCCCCCGGAGUUUAUUCGGAGUCGGAGAAGCACGACCCUAUUGAUGUUCAAGAGGACCAUGCGACAUUGAUCAGAGAAAUUGGUUCCGCUGGCACUGUUUUGGUUAAAAAUGUCAACAACGCACUGCCAUUCACGAAUGCAACCAGGUUCCUUAGUGUUUACGGCUACGACGCAACGGUUAGUGCAGCCCCAUGGGCGAAUCCCUCACGCUAUGGCGGCGGUUACGAAGUGAACUUCGGUUGGAGCACCUUCAACGGCACGCUCAUCACCGGUGGAGGCUCCGGAGGAAGCACUCCUCCCUACGUGGUGAGUCCCUUCCAGGCACUGCAGGAGCGAAUCUCGAGCAACAAAGGAACCCUUCGCUGGGAUUUCUACUCAGAGAACCCCUCCCCUGCAUACGUGAAUAGUGACGCUUGUCUCGUGUUCAUCAACGCGUAUGCGUCUGAGGCCUUCGACCGAACCAGCCUGACAGACGAGUUCAGUGACAAUCUGGUGCGCAAUGUUGCUGCCAAUUGUACCAACACCAUCGUUGUCAUUCAUUCAACCGGCAUCCGCACAGUCAAUGCAUGGAUCAAUCACCCCAAUGUGACCGCAGUUCUCUUUGCUGGUCUUCCCGGCCAAGAAAGUGGUCAUUCCCUUGUUGAUAUCCUGUACGGCGACGUUAGCCCGUCCGGAAGACUUCCCUUCACCGUCGCCAAGAACGAAUCCGACUACGGAAACCUGCUAAACUCGACUGUCUCGUUCGAUGCAUUCCCCGAAGUCAACUUCACCGAGGGCUUGUACAUCGACUACCGUGCGUUCGAUCGUGACGGCAUCGAACCGCAGUUCGAAUUCGGCUUUGGCUUGUCAUACACCACCUUCGAGUACUCUGACCUUGAGAUUGCGUCUACAGGAAAUAGUACUUCCCCUCUAGUGGACGCCAACACUCCUAUCGUCCAGGGCGGACAUCCACAGCUGUGGGAUGUAUUGUUCGAAGUCACCUGCUCCAUCACCAACACGGGUGAUGUGUCCGCGUCAGAGGUCGCCCAGCUCUACGUUGGUAUUCCAGACGCCCCCGUGCGACAGCUGCGCGGCUUCGAAAGAGUACCACUGGAACCGGGUGAGACGAAGCAAAUUUCCUUCCCAUUGACCAGGAGGGAUCUCAGUAUUUGGGACGUUGUAGCCCAGCAAUGGAGGCUUCAGCCCGCAAAAUACACAGCCUCUGUGGGAGCUAGCAGCAGGAUCCUGCACUUGAAUGGGACUAUUGAGAUUGCUUAG